UCCGCCACACUCCCGGAGCUGCCAGAGCACGGGGACACGGCCAAGCCAUGUCCCCAGGCUGCUGAGAGAGGGACCCCUCGAAUCCCAGAUCCCUGAAUUCCAUGGGCCUGCCCCCCUGAUGGGAUGGGGGGGCUCUGCCUGCUCUUGGUGGCUCUUUCUGCCGUGGCAUCUGCACAAGAAACAACAGGACCUCCCAAUACUCCGACUGGGAACACCUCAGUGACACCGGGUCCCAGAGCUCUCCGGCUGGCGGGCGGCCGGAGCCGCUGCGAGGGCCGUGUGGAGCUGGAGCAGGAGGGGACAUGGGGGACAGUGUGUGACGAUGGCUGGGACAUUCUCGACGCCGACGUCGUGUGCCGCCAACUCCGAUGUGGCCACGCCGUGAGAGCCCCCGGCAACGCCUCCUUCGGCCGUGGACACGGCCCCAUCCUCCGGGAUGAGGUGGGAUGCAAGGGACACGAGCAGGACCUCUGGGAAUGUCCGGCCGCUCUGGAGCACGACUGCAGCCACAAGGAGGAUGCCGGCGUGGUUUGCUCAGAACACCAGGAGUGGCGGCUCUCCGGAGGCCGGGAUGGAUGUGCCGGCAGGGUGGAGGUGUUUUUCCGUGGCACUUGGAGCACAGUGUGUAACAGCACGUGGUACAAGACAGAGGCCACGGUGCUGUGCCGGACGCUGGGAUGUGGGGAUGUGCUCCAGCGGCCCUCCUUUGGACACACGCUUCCCGGGAAGAUGGUGUACUUGUGUGGGAGCCUGCAGCCCUCGCUGGCACAGUGCCGCUGGACCUUCAAUAAAUCCGCUCCGUGUUACCAAUCCUGGGCCGCCGGGGUCAUCUGCAACGGCUCCCAGGGUUUGGAGACGUCAACGCCCAUGGCUGAGGUGACGCCCAGGAAUGUCACUGUCCUGCACGCCGAGGAGGGGACCCCGACCUUGGGGACACCACCACCGGACAGUCCCCUUUUUGUCCUGUGCCUGGUGCUGGCAGCACUGCUCCUGCUCUCCGUGCUGGCCUUUCCCGCCACCCUGCUGAGCCUGAGGAAGAAGAGCGCCACAUCCUCCUUGGGAAUACCCACACCGGUCCUGGUGACCCACAGCUACCAGAACCCCAGUGUACCCUCUGGAAUCCCCAACGACUACAGGAAAACCCCCACCAACAUUCCCAAAGGAUCAGACCAUCUGGUCACAGCCAUUUCCAAGGAUUCUGAUUCUGACUCGGAAUAUUAUGAGUUCAGCAGCAAGCCUCCUGUCGCCCUGUCCACCUUCUACAACUCCCUGCGCCAGCAUCCCAGGGAGGAUCUUCUCCCUCUGAGACCCAGCCAGGACAAGGUGGAGCCAUUCCCUGGAGAUGGUAUGACACAAGAGCUGGCCAGGCCAGGGUCCCCAUGCCACAGUUCCUCCAGCUCAUCCUCAUCCACAGGGCCCAGUUGGAACGGCAGCAUUCCCACCCCUGCCCGUGGCCCCCAGUGGCACCAGGCAGCCACUGGCCAUGGCUACAGCACAGCUCCCCCGGCAGCAGCCGCCCCAGUGCCCUCCCAGCCCUGGGUACCUGCAGCUCCGGCAGAUCCCGACGGCAGCUCCAGCACCUCCUCGGGGGAGUGGUACGAGAACAUGCAGGAGACAGAGCCCCCUGGAGACCCCUCCUCACAUCCUGGCUGGUCAGAUCCAUCCUAUCCCUCAGGGGAACACGUGGAGGAUCCCGACUUUUCCGAAGGCAGCGACUACGAUGACAUCCACAGCUCUGCCUACUGAGCCUGUCCCACUGCUCCAGAGCCCAAAUCUCCUGGAAUUCUCUGGCUACCUCCUCCAGAAUUCUCCAGCCACCUCC